AAGCCAGGUUUCUUCCGGGCGUCGUGGGAGGCGUUUCCACGUUGUGUUUCUUGUCCCGGGUCUGUGGAGAUCGAGUCCUGGUCCCCGUGUUCCUGCGCCUCGGGGUGUGCGGAGACCCACGAGGACGCCAGAUGCCCGGGCAGCGGGAAAUGGGGUCCCUGUCAUUUGAGGACGUGUCUGUGGACUUCACCUGGCAGGAGUGGCAGAGGCUGGAUGCUGCCCAGAGGACCCUCUACAGGGAUGUGAUGCUGGAGAACUACAGCAGCCUGCUGUUCUUGGGACACUGCAUGACCAAACCUGAGUUGAUCUUUAAAUUGGAGCAUGGAUUUGGGCCAUGGAGUGUAACAGAAGCCUCAGUUUGGAGCCCUCCAGUGGAUACCAUCCAGAAAAAGCAGAAGAAGCAGCAGAAGCAAGGUGGAAUCACCAAUAGCAAAACAUUAAGUGAAGAAAUGGUUGAAACUGAACUAAAAGUACAUAAGAAAAUCUACCAAGGGACCAAAUACUAUGAAGGUAAAGCAUGUAUGAGGUUGUGUUACCAGGAUUCACAGCAUAAAAGGAAUAUGAUGUCUCAUACAUGUGAAAGAUCUUAUUACAAAUGUACUCACAAUAAAUGCCCAGUGGAGAAUAAGGAAUAUGAGUGUGAAGAAUGCAGGAAAAUAUUCUUGAAAUCGUACCACAUUGUUCCUAAAACAGCUCACACAAAAUUGAAACCCUAUACAUGCACAGAAUGUGGGAAGGCUUUCCCAAAGAAGGUGACCCUCAUUCGUCAUCAGAGAUUUCAUACAGGUGAGAAGCCCUAUGAAUGUACAGAAUGUGAGAAACGUUUCUAUGACAAGUCAGAUCUCAUUAAUCAUCAGAGAAUUCAUACAGGUGAGAAACCCUAUGAAUGUUCAGAAUGCAGGAAAGCUUUCACUCACAAGUCAUACCUCACUCAACAUCAGAGAACUCACACAAGAGAGAAGCCCUAUAGGUGCACAGAAUGUGGGAAGGGUUUCACAAAGAAGGUGACCCUCAUUCGGCAUCAGAGAUUUCAUACAAGUGAAAAGCCCUUUCAAUGUACAAAUUGUGAGCAGUGUUUCUAUGACAAGUCAGAGCUCACUGUUCAUAAGAGAACUCACACAAGAGAAAAGCCCUAUGCGUGCUUGGAAUGUGGGAAGGAUUUCACACAGAAAGUGGCCCUCAUUCGUCACCAGAGAUUUCAUACAGGUGAGAAGCCCUAUGAAUGUACAGAAUGUGAGAAACGUUUCUAUGACAAGUCAGAUCUUGCUAAUCAUCAGAAAAUCCACACAGGUGAGAAGCCAUAUGUAUGUACAGAAUGUGGGAAAGCUUUCACUUACAAGUCAUACCUCACUCAACAUCAGAGAACACAUACAGGAGAGAAGCCCUAUGAAUGUACACAAUGUGAGAAACGUUUCUUAGUGAAGUCAAAUCUCACAAAACAUCAGAGAACUCAUACAGGAGAGAAGCCCUAUAAAUGUACACAGUGUGGGAAAGCUUUCAGUACCAAGUGUCACCAUAUUCGCCAUCAGAGAAUACAUAUAGGUGAGAGGCCCUACGCCUGUACUGAAUGUGGAAAAACCUUCACCAUGAAAGAUUACCUUAUUUGUCAUCAGGGAACCCAUUUGGGAAAGAAGCCCUAUGUAUGUACAGAAUGUGGGAAAGCUUUCACUCGGAAGGCAAACCUCACUUGUCAUCAGAGAAGCCAUACAGGUCAUAAGCCAUAUGAAUGUACAGAAUGUGGGAAACCUUUCUACUUGAAGUCAGAACUCACUAAACAUGAAAGGAGUCAUAGCAGUGAGAAGCCCUUUGAGUGUACAGAUUGUGGUAAAGGAUUCACUACAAGAAGAUACCUCAUUCAUCAUCAGAGAACACAUACUGGUGAGAAGCCUUAUGAAUGUGCAGAAUGUGGGAAAGUUUUCACUACAAAGUGGUGCCUCAUUCGCCAUCAGAGAAAACAUACCAGUGAGAAGCCCUGUGCCUAUAUGUAAUGAAAAACAUUUUGUUGGGAGGUGAUCCUUACUCGUCAUCAGAGAAUUCAUAUAGGUAAGAAGCCCGAUGAAUGUACAGAAUUUGGGAAACUUUCCUAUGACCACACAGAUCUCAGUGACUAUCAAGAGACCCAUAGUGAUAUGAAGUCCUGUGAAUAUAAAGAUUGUGGGAAGGGCUUCACUAUCAAGGGGCCCCUUUGUUCAUCAUCAGAAACUCAUGGGUGUGAAGUCCUAUGCAUAUACAGAAUGUAAGCAGCUUUUUACUCUGAAGUAACCUUCAUUGUUAUGAGAGAACUCAUAGAGGUGUGAAGGCCUAUUAAUAUACAGAAUAUGGGAAAGCUUUCACCAUCACAGAACUUACGUGGGUGAGAAGCCCUAUGAAUACACACAAUAUGAGAAACCUUUCACUUACAAGGAGUGCCUCACUGUUCAUAAAAGAAAUCCAUAUAUUUUUGAAAAUAUGGAUGUGCAGAAUGUUUGAAUGCUUUGACAGGGUCUAUAUGGCUGUCAUCUGUCUAUUGAAAAUUUAUGUCUAUAUACACAUUACCAACAGUGGAGAAACUGCAGUAAAUUUAUCAUGUCCCAUUUGAUAAAACUUUCAUUGUGCUCAGGAUAAUAAAUUUUAUAAUUAGGUA